AUGGCAUCCGAGUCGUUCAACUCGCCCAGCGGCGAAUUUCGGGGCCGCAGCCAGGAACCCGUGGCUUCUCGCCGAGAGAGUACGCCACACGCAGCUCGCGGAGCCAGCGCAACUCCUGCCCCCUUGGCCUGGUUUCCCCUAGGCUACAGGGAAGGCUUCAGUCAAUGGUGGGCGUCUUUACCCGCCGCCACAGCCGAACACAGGGUUCUUUCCCACCUCCCUUACCUCCAGCAUCAACCCCCAACCCAUCUACAAACCGGUAAAACGAGCAGUGUCUCUGGCGGGACGGGCAGUCUCCAGUCCGCCGAUCAAACGCAACAGGGUGAGGUAUCAGCCAGUUCUACCAAUGAUCCAUACGGCCCCCGAAUGUGGCGCUCCAGUAUGGUGGAGCUGAGCGGGAAGAAUCGGGCUCUGAACGAGUUCUCUGUCGAGCGGAUUGGUGAAGAAGCAGAUCAACAUCUGGUCAUGCUUCAUGGAUACGGUGCUGGUUUGGGGUUCUUCUAUAAGAAUUUCGAGCCUCUUAGUCGCCUGAAAGGGUGGCAACUCCAUGCGCUGGACCUCCUGGGCAUGGGCCGCAGUACGCGACCACCCUUUCGUAUCAAAGCGAAGGAGCGUGAGGAGGCCAUCAAAGAAGCAGAAGCCUGGUUCGUGGAUGCGCUGGAAGAGUGGCGUGUCAAGCGCAACAUCGACCGUUUCACACUACUUGGCCAUAGUUUGGGAGGCUACAUGGCCGUGGCAUACGCUCUCAAAUAUCCGGGACGACUCAACAAGCUUAUCCUUGCUUCCCCCGUCGGAAUCCCAGAGGACCCGUACGCUGUGCGGGCAGAGAUGCCUGCGCCAAACGAGUCGACCAUGGCGAAUGAGCUCACUCAGAACCAGCGCAAUAUCGCCGAAUCUGCAUCUUCGGUUCCCCCAACUGAGCUUCAGAAAGGCGAUAACAAUAUUUUGCUAAAGGGUUCCCCUACAGAUAGUGGCGCUUCCCAAGAUCGGCCGCCCCGGCGCAUGGUUCCCAAGUGGUUCGCCUAUCUUUGGGAUGCCAACAUCUCCCCCUUCAGCCUGGUGCGAUGGGCGGGACCACUCGGUCCGCGUCUGGUCUCCGGGUGGACAUCCCGGCGUUUCUCCCAUCUUCCGGCAGAGGAGGCCAAAUCUCUGCAUGACUAUUCGUAUUCGAUCUUCAGCAUGCGCGGCAGCGGCGAGUAUGCUCUAUCGUACAUUCUCGCCCCGGGCGCAUUCGCCCGCAGUCCGCUAAUCCGACGCAUCGAGGGCAACGGUCUCCCCAUAAUCUUCAUGUACGGUGACCACGAUUGGAUGGACGUGAAGGGCGGGCUAGCCGCAAAGGCUAAGUUGGAUCAAGAGAAGGAGCGUAUCUUGCAAAACGCAACAGUGGAGGAACGCGAAGCGGACAAUGGCUCAGCUAAGGUGGUCAUUAUCAAGAGGUCCGGCCAUCAUAUCUAUCUAGACGGAUGGGAAGACUUCAACCGCAUCGUUUUGGCUGAGAUGGAGGAGGUGGCUCAGAAGGAGAGAGCUAAUCGCGCCUCAUAG